UUUAAAUUCGAAAAAUACGAAAUUCAUUUUGCACCGAUAUUUGGUUGGCACAAACAUCCUUAAAGGUAGCAAGUGAAAUUGAAUUCGUUAAGAAUGGCUACAACGGAGCUGGUAAUGGAUAUAGCAACCGUGUGUCGGAUUUGCCUGCAGGACAGCGAUACGCACAUGGUCUCCAUCUACGAGCGCGACGAGGAGCAACGCGGUGUCUCCAUUUGCGAGAAAAUUGAAAACUGUAGCGGCAUCAAGAUAGUUCGUACCACAGAGCUGCCCACCCGCAUCUGCCUGAAAUGUCGUGCCUUUUUAACGCUGGCCCACAAAUUCCGACAGAUCUGUCGGCACUCCGACGAUUUCUUGCGCGAAUACAUUUGCAAGGAACUGGCCGACGAUGAUGAUGAUGAGGAGGAGGAGGAGCAGCAGCAGCUGUUGAAGGAAGCGCAACCAGCACGUAAAUACGAGAAACCGGAGGUGGAGGUGCUGGAGGACGGCAUUUGGAGCUAUGACGAACUAAUUGAACAAGUGCCAGCUGUCGAUGUAACUGAAGUGACCACAAGUCUCAUGGCGGUGCCAGCCGACGACGCUAUUGCCACACCCAUUGUUGGUGGCAAGCCACAUGUCUGCAACAUCUGUGGCAAUAGCUAUCCACGCAAGAGUACGCUGGACACGCACAUGCGGCGGCACAACAAUGAGCGACCAUAUGAGUGCGAAAUCUGCCACAAGUCUUUCCAUGUCAACUAUCAGCUAAUGCGGCACAUUCGACAGCACACUGGAGCCCGGCCCUACAGUUGCGAGAACUGCCAGCGCAGUUUCACUGAUCGCACAUCUCUUGUGAAGCAUGAACGUACACAUCGCAAUGAACGUCCCUAUGCAUGUGGCACCUGUGGCAAGUCGUUUACGUAUGCCAAUGUGCUCAAGGUGCACUAUAAGACGCACACCGGUGAGAAGCCGCACACGUGCAGACUGUGCAACAAAAGCUUUGCUCGCAAUCACAAUCUGAUUGCACAUCUGCAGACUCAACAGCAUAUCAACGAUCCCCGCACAGCUGCCUAUCUACAUACGCUCAAAGCAGUCAGCGCAGGCAGUGGUGUGGCAAGUAAAAUAAGUAACUGUUAAAUAUGUUUGUGUUGAAUACAAUAUGUUUAGUGGUAGCUCAAUAACUAAACCGCUUAAUAUUAAGCUAAAUUUAUUCCGCAUAACGAUGGUCUAUUUGCAAUCAAGCAACUAUAUUUAAAUACGAUUGAAAUAAUUUAUACGAUUUGAUC